UCAAAGUGACGCUGCUGGUGAAUGACAACAAUGCAUAAAAACACAAGAAUCAACAGAACUGCAAAGAAUACCCUGGCGAAGGCGCUGUAUGACAACAAAGCGGAGUGCUCCGAUGAGCUGGCCUUCCGCAAAGGAGACAUCCUGACAGUUCUGGAGCAAAAUGUCAUUGGCAGUGAGGGCUGGUGGAAAUGCUCCCUCCACGGCAGGCAGGGCCUGGCCCCCGCUAACCGCCUCCAGCUCCUCGCCGCCUCUCAGGCUGUCCUGCUGCCUCCUUCCACCCCGAGUGACUCCGCAGAGUCGCCAGCGAGCCAACAAAACAUCUACCAGGUUCCCUCCAUCCCCAAGCCUACCGUCUUGUCAUCUACCUAUGAGAAGAUGGAGGGGUGGGUUAAAUCUCCAGCUAGGGUGUCUACCAUACCUGCGCAAAGAAUAUAUCAGGUACCAGCCUUGGCUGCACAGCUGCUCAGUGAAAGGACCCAAAGCUCAAGAAACCAGCACCUGCUUACUCUCCCAAGAGCGUGCUGGGCUUCAGUCCCAAACAUCAGGAGUGAAGUGUAUGAUGUUCCAUCCACACAGCAUCGGGAGUCCUUACUCACGCAGAGCGGUGCCACUCCACCAACUGCACGAAAGGGCUCUGUGCUGGUCAGAUCCACCGAGUGUUUCCAAGAAGAGCAGAAGCAGCUUUACAACAUCCCCUCCGGCCCGGAAACGGCAGGAGCUGUUAACCGGAAAGACUCGCCAGUGGGUAACUUAUAUGAUGUCCCUCCCAAAAGAGAGACUGAUGUUUCAGAAAAUGAAUCUCAGAAAAAGUUCUGGGGCCAUUACAAUACCUUGCCAAAUCCUCGAAAGUCAGAAUGGAUUUAUGAUAUUCCGGUAUCACCUGAAAAAACAGGAUUAAACCAAAACCCACCUGGCCAUUCCUUGGAGAACCAGGUGCUGUACAAUAUACCACCAGCCAGGUACAAGGCACUGACAACAAAUACUGAAAGCAAAGUUGUAAAUCCACAAUUAUAUGAUAUUCCACCAACACAACGGAAACUAACGUUUCCAGAUAUCCAUCUCUAUGAUGUUCCAUCCUCGCGGGACGUGCUCCUUUUGCCACAAAAUGGUAGCUGUGAUGUACCCCCAAGUUUCCUGGCUCCAAAGGCUGAGAAUCAGAUCUCUGAAGAGAAUGUUUAUGAUAUUCCAAAAGGUUUGCCCACCGCUUUGCAGUCCAAGAAAGAGAUGGAAAAAAACAGCGAUAGUUCUGGAGACCAAGCAUACAGUGCUCCUCCACAGCUCUCAAGAGAUGCCAAAUUAGAACACGACAGAUUAUCUCUUUCUAGUGUGGACAGCAGAAGCAGCACACUCUCUACAUCCUCAAACUCUUCUGCUGAGUCUUUUUCUAUGUCAUCAUCAGAAGAGCCUGCCAAAGAAGUUAAACUGGACCUUGAGGUAGCCAUAGAGACACUGACUAGAUUGCAGCACAGUGUAUCCAGCUCGGUUGCGAGUUUAAUGAUCUUUGUGAGCAGUAAAUGGAGAUUACAAGAGCACCUAGAGAAAAGCAUUGAAGAAAUCCAUAGAGCAGUCGAUCACAUAAAAGUAUCACUGGGAGAAUUCUUGGCCUUUGCUCAAGUCGUAAAGGUAAAUGCCUCUUACCUCACUGACAACAACCUUCAGACCAGAAUUAAAAAGCAGCUAGAAAUUCUUAUGAACUCAUUCAAAAUCUUAACAGAAACAAGAGAAGCUCUAAACAACUGCAGCUGGUCACUAGAGGCUUUGGUCCUCAGGAAACCUCAGAACAACCCAGAUGAUCUCGAUCGCUUUGUUAUGGUAGCCCGCACAAUUCCAGAUGACAUCAAGAGGUUUGUAUCCAUCAUCAUUGCCAAUGGAAAGCUUCUCUUCAGAAAGAACGAGAAGGAACAAGAAAUGAAGCAAUCAAAAGUGAACCCAGAAUACAAAAUGGCAAAACAAAUCACAGUGCCGAGAAGGAUAGAAAUAGAUUCACUUCAAAGAAAUGCUCCUGAUAAACCCAACCAAAGUCAGGUCUCUUCCGAGAAACCAAAAGAAAAUGCCGCCGAGGACUGUGAUUAUGUUCAGUUACAGGCACAGAAAAUCAUUUCAGGUAAAGAAGUAGCGAAGAAGAGUACAGAUUCAAAACCAAAGGUUUUGCCAUCUGCAAAAAAGACUGUAAUUCAAAGCAAGCAGGACUCUGCAAAGAAAAUCGCUCUCCCAGAACACUGUAAGCUGUGUUUUGGUGCACUUCACAAGGCAAUUGGUGUAUUUACUAAUAGCCUGAGCAGCAACCAGCCACCCGAAGUCUUCAUAUCCCACAGCAAAUUGAUCAUUAUGGUGGGACAAAAGCUAGUGGAUUCUCUCUGCCAGGAAACUCAAGAAAGAGAUGCUCGGAAUGACAUUCUCCACAGCAGCAGCCGGUUUUGCAGCCUCUUGAAGAAUCUGGCUCUCGCCACCAAAAACGCUGCAAUACAAUAUCCAAACGCAGAUGCCAUGAGGGAACUCCGGGAUCAAACCGAGGAGCUGUCUAAGUACACGCAGCAGUUUAGAGCAAUGAUGGAAUGA